AUGGUGCGUCAGCUCCACGAUGGCAUGACGCCGCGCGUCACGGACAAUGGAGUCACCUCAGAGGCAUUCGAAAUGACCAACGGUGUGAAACAGCGCUACGUCCUCACACCCCCCCUCUUCAGUCUCGUUUUCUCUGCCACGCUGACGGGCGCCUGCUGUGACGAAUGCCCUGGGAUCCGCAUCGUCUACAAGAGGGACAGCCAACUCCUCAACUGCCUGUGGGUGCACGUCCAGUCACGUUUAUCCACAACUAACGUCCAUGAACUUCUCUUUGCCGCCGCCUGCGACAACUUUGGCAUGGUAAUUAGCACGGAGGAGAUGGUGGUCAUGCAUCAACUGCCACUCGACGCUGUCUACGCCGCACCCCAAAUCAAUGUGAACGGCGCCCAACUGAAAGCCAUGGACAGUUUCACCUACCUAAGCAGCAUGCUCACUCGCAACACCAAAAUCGAAGAUGAAGUGACCCGCCCACGUCUCGGUCACCAGUCGGCCUUAUUGUACAUCUGCGUGCCAACUGCAACACCAGGACGACACCACCCGAUAUCCCCCGUCCACUUCUGCCUCGUUCCCCACGCCGACAAUCAACACUGA